AUGGGUUGCGCUUGCCAGUCUUCGGGAAACUCGUGCCAGUGCGGCGGCUCGUGUGCCGCCGGUACCUGCCAGUGCGGCACUAGCUGUUCGUGCAGCAAGCCCGCCCAGAGCAGCGGAUGCGAGUGCUCUUCGGGCUCGACCACCAGCGCCUGCGCCUGCGCCGGCGACUGCAAGUGCGCCAACUGCAAGUGCUCCGACUGCGCCAGCAAGAAGUAA